AUGUCGAAUAGACUAGUUUAUCUUGGUCUUCCGAAGAAAAUCGAGCCAAACCGACGGUUUCAUCUGAAAUCUAUUUAUCUUCCAAUUGGGAAAAUUGGUGGAAAACCUUCAUGGCUGAAUCCGACGACGGUUCCAAAGGCAACAGAAGUGCAAUGCGAAGUGAGUUUUAUUUAUAUAGGGGUGGUGCGAUUUAAAAUUUUUCGUCUUGACUGGCAAAAACCCCCGAUUUCUUGGCUGUAGGGCCUCCAGCCAAGAAUUUGAAAUUCUUGGCUGAAAUUCAGGCAGAAAUUUUUGCCCAAAAUUUGGUCAAGAAAUCCCUUUUUUUGACUAAAUUUCAGUCGAUUUUUUUUUGGCUGGACCAAAAAAUUUUGGCUGAAAUUCAGCCAGAAAUCUCAGAGUUCUUGGCUGAACUUUCAGCCAAGCCUUUUUUUGGCUCAGCCAAACAAAUUUGGCUGAAAUUCAGCCAGAAUUUGUUUGUCUGAAUCUCAGCCAGGCUUUUUUGGCUGCGCAAAAAUAUUUUGACUCAAACUCAGCCAGAAAUCUUCGAUUUCUUGGCUGGAUUUUGGAUAAAACUUCUGAAUUUCAAACAAAACAAGAUGCCCUAAAAAUGAGAUUCGUAUGUAUUCCGGAAAAAAUUACAACUGUCGUUAGUGUGGCUUCAUACCCGUUCAUCCAAAUGUUGAUGCGCCGGUUGUCAGUUGUAGACAACAUGCUGGACUAUUUUUCUUGCGGUCGGGUCGUUGGAUUUUGAAGGGACGGGUCCAAUCAGAAGUUGUUUGCAGCGCACAUCUCAGAAGGGAGCUGUAUUACAUCAGGUUCGUAGAUUACGUGCUGUAAUUUAGGCAUAAACAAUGUUUCCCGGCGACAGGUAAGCUAUUUUCACUUCUAUUUGCCCUUUUUUAGGUAAAAUUCGACAGAAAAUAAAAGGCUCGAGAGAAAUCGACUGAGUACCUCUAGUUUACGAUCUAAAAAAUAGCUAACAUAAAGAUGUUCCAAGUUUUACCCGUUUUUUCUCUUGUCCCUAGCGAAAAAAGACAAAAGCCAUCAUUUUUUGGCCUUGGAUAACAUACUUUUACCUAAAAGAAAAGAAAAGCAUAAUCAACUUACAAAUUGAACGCGGGUAAAGUGGACAGGUCGGCCAAAAAAUGACUGGUCGAAUAACAACAGGUUCAAAACAUUUCCUGUCAAAAACGUGGAAAUCUCACGAAACGCGAGAAUUCGAAACAUGCAAAAAAAACGAAAACUUCUGGCCGAAAAUGGGAAUUUUUUCGCGCUGGGAUCAAACACAAUCAGGAACGAAAAUGCACGAUGUCGUGCUCCUUUCUUGUUUUUAUUGUUUGGACACUUGAAUUUCCACGCGUUUUCAGCUAAUUUUUUUAGUUUCUUUUUUAUUUCUCCGUGUUUUAGAUGUUUCCUGCCAAAUAACUCGGGUACCGGCAGGUAAAGCUCAAAAAUACCUUUGGAGACCUGUGGAACAACAAAAUGGAACUUGCCUUGUCCCGUUCACCAUUGGAAUUCCAGUUUCUCACCCAGAAAGGUCACGUCCAAGAAGAAAACAAAUUGUGAGUACUAUUUGUUUGAUUUUUGAGGUUUUAGCUAAACUACCCGUUCGAGGAGACAAGUUUCGUGCUGCAUGAGCUUUCUGGUCAAUUCCUGAUGUCAAAAGGGAGCGUAUUAGGUAACUUUGACGUUUCAAAAUGUUUUACUUGCCAUGUGCAAUAUAACUUUUGGUCGAAAAAACUUCUUCAAGUCCACAUUUCCGUUGAAAACAACAAUGAAUCAAGCCCCAAGCACAGACACGUAUAGUUUCCUCACGAUUUUUGGCAAAUGGCGCUUGACUAUACCUUGUUUUAGGCUGUUUCGGCUAAAACAAGAUCUAUAUCGUUUGCCAAGUUUUAAGGCCAUAAUCAAUUUUUUUAUUAUUAUGUGAUAAAUCUUGAUCUUUCGCUAUUUUAUUAAAUACCAUGAAAUUUACUGCGCUUUUCAACGCCAAUCAAUACAAAAAAUUUUUCCCAGUCAAAUAGUUUGACUGAAUGUCAGUCAGUUUUUUUUGGCUGAGCCAAGAAAUUUUGGCUGAACUUCAGCCAAGAAGUCUUCGAUUUCUUGGCUGAGUUGCCAGCCAAUUUCUUUUUGACUGAACAGAAACAUUUUGUCUACUGUUCAGACAGAAAUCUUUGAUUUCUUGUCUGAGUUACAGGCAAGAAUUUGCUGUCUGAAAUUCAGACAACAAUUUUUGAUUUCUUGGCUGGUUUACAGUCAAAAAUAAGCAAGCAGUCAAGAAACGAAACAUUGCUGUCUGAAUUUCAGUCAAGAAUAUCAAAUUCUUGGCUGGAGGCCCUACAGCCAAGAAAUCGGGGGUUUUUGCCAGUCAAGACGAAAAAUUUUAAAUCGCACCACCCCUAUAUUUGUCUAUUUUUUGUCUUUAGAUAUGUGAGAAACCGAUGGCUCUUGUUGUUCAAGUUUAUGCCACGGACCCGGCUGAUCACGAACAUGCGUUUCAUCGGUAUUUGUAUGUUUUCGUAUGCCGAAAUCCGGAGUGCUCGAAGGUAAGGGUGUGGAGAAGAGUUUGGAAGCUUAGAGAUUUUAGAACUAGGCAAAUUCGCUAAAAAAGGGCGAUUUUCUUCAUUUUUUUUAUAAACUUGAUGAAGAUCUAUUUUAGGUAUCAUGGAUAAUAUAAUUUUCCUAAUAAUUUUUCUUUACAGCUCAACAAUUCUUCGAAUUUGAAGGUGCUUCGAUGUCAGUUGCCCAGAGAGAACGAUUUUUACUCCGGCGAGUCAAGACUAGUCCCGGGAGAGGAAGAAGUUGAAGAUCCAUUUUUCAACGAGAAGGCCUUCAACAAGACCUGCUCAACUUGUGGUUUGAAAGCUGCUAGUCGAUGUUCAAAAUGUGAUAAAGCUUGGUAUUGUGGGAGGGACCAUCAGAUACUCGAUUGGACUCGAGGGCAUAAAGCGGAGUGCGCUGAAGGCGAAGGUGAGAUUUUUUGUUAUUUUUGUUGGAUUUUAGGUGGAAUGGAUGUUUAAAAUUAUGUCCAAAGGAUUGGAAAAGAUAUUGAGUAAAGUGCUGUUUGGUCUAAUUCGUCCAUUUCAGUCACGAAUCCAUCAGAAAACACCUUUCUUUUUCCCGAAUAUGCCCUUCAAAUGACGACCUACGAAGAAUUUGCAUUCGAUCCUGACGACUACAGCGAUGAUGAAGACGAGGAAAUGGAUGAGAAUCUGGAAUUCGAAUCUAAGCAGUUGGAGAAGUUGAAGAUUGUUCAGGAAGAAAUGAAAGAAAAAGGAAUUGGUGCUGAUGGGAAGGAGCUAGAUGAAAUGGAUGAAAAGAAGGAUAAAUUAUACAAAUACUUUACGGAUUUGGUGCAAGACAACCCGGAACAGGUCUUUAGGUAGGUGUUGAAGAGGGUUUUAUGGGGUUUGGAGGGCGUUUUUGGGGAUAAUAUGAAGUUAUAUUACUUUAGAUACAAAAAGUUGAUGGGGUAGGAUAAGUUCGAUUUUUUGCGAGGAGGUAGGUGUGUGUUGCAGAUAAAGAUGGGAAAUACCUCAAUUAAGAUUUUAUGAAGACGAUGGCAGCGUUUUACCAAGUUUUUAAAUGAAAUUUGAGAUUUUCUGAACGAUAUUGUUUUAGGUUCAUAAAGGUGUUUGGGGUGCGAAAAUAGGUGAAUUUGGUAAGAAAAUGGUUAUUUGGAGCAGUAAAUAGUUGAAUUAUGUUUCGUAAAGGCUAUUAGGCGUCUUUUACCAAUGAAUUUAGUUGUUUUGGAUGUCAAAAUUUGAGGUUUUUUGGCUUAUGUUAUUUUAGGUCCAAAAAAUUUUAUGACUGGAAAAAAGUCGUAGUUUUUGUUAAGAUUAGGGUCUAAUUCUAUUUGAUAUUGAUUUUAAAGACUCCAAAAAAUAAUAUAAACCCUUUUCCAGGUACGCCCGAGGAGCUGAACCCCUACUAUCAAGUGAUUAUUCCCCUAAACCCAGCGAAAUCCCUCCUUGCGAACUUUGUCAAGCCCCAAGAGAAUUUGAAUUCCAAUUAAUGCCUCAUCUCAUAUCUCUAAUGGAAGUCGACGCCAUUGGGCAAUCCAUAGACUGGUCGACGGUCUUGAUUUACACUUGCUCCAAGCGCUGCUCGAUACCAAAAUUCGGAUAUGCCAAGGAAUUUGUGUUCAAACAGGACUUUGUUGAUCCAAAAGACGAAGUGGAGACGGUCGAGGAGUAA